UUAAAUCAUAUGUGGAUUACGAAGAUAUUUAAAUAAUUCAACAGUGAAUUCGAAUGGAAAUGGAUAUAUUAAUUGGAAAUUGUUAUAAACUAUUACAUUUAAUUGAACUCGAUAUAUCUUUGAUGUCUCUCGAGUGACGAGUUUCAAUCUAUUUUUUUCAGAAGCAAACAAUUUCGAGAAGAUAACAUGUUAAUUUGGCGGCACCAUUGAGCUAUUUGAAAGAGGUUAAUAAAAGAUUACAUUUAAUGAAAUUAUCAUAAUUGGCGAGGAUAAUGUAAUGUCAAGGAUGGUAUGUAAUGCAUCGUUUCUAGGCUAUGGUCAAUAAAAUUUACAUUUUGCAGUGUGCGAAUUACCGAUAAAUGGAAGAUACUGUCAUGGUUAAUUGAAUAUUCCGCCUGCAUAUUGUCUUCAAGUGAAACCUAUUAAUGAAAAAAUCCAUUCAUUUGGAAUAAUUUUUGUUUAAAUACUAAAAAAAAAAAGAAAGAAAAAAACGUUUUUCCAUUUAGCAAUGAAAAUUCUUUCAGAAUUAUCGUGAUUCCUUCGAUCGAUAACGAGUAUUUUCGAUUAUUUUUCUUUAAAUCUAUAAUAGAUGCGUUGUCAGAAAUACGUGAAAAAAAUUUAAGUAUAUAAAAAAAAAUGACAUAAUGCAACGAUCGAACGAUCUUGUUAAAGAUAAUUAACGACACGACAGUUCUAUAUAUGGAAAUAUGACAACUUCUUCUUUUUUAAAUUUGAACUUAAUUUCUUUUCUUUUAAUUUGUUUAAUAUUGAUUUCACGAUUAUUAUGCAUUGACGAGAUUAUAUAUCGAAUUAUAUAAUGUGACAGUAUUAACUAACGAUUGAAAAAGAAACAUUUUAUUUAUUUAUAUAUUUUUAUUGUCAUACAAAAAUAUAAGUAUCUGUAUCUACAAUUGCAAGUUAAUAGGAUCAUGCACGCCAAGCGAAUAAGAAUAUCAUGUAUGUAAUCAAUUUUCUUCUCGUUGAAAGUGAUACUUAUUUAAACUUCAUCGAGCUCUAUUAAAGUGUAAUGUAAGUUUCGCCACGUUGCUUUAUUGAUUGUAACAAUUUUUUUUUUUUUUUAAUAUCAAUAAUAGAACGUGUAAAUAACGUGGAAACAUCGAUAUCGCGUGCGUAUGUGUGUGUGUGUGUGUGUGUGUGUACUUAAACGGAUAUGCAAACAAAUUGAAACGACGAUUGAAAAUUAUUUUGAUUGGUAAAAAACUACGAUGUUUAUUUCUUUUCCCUAAAAAAAAAAAAAAAAAAAAUUAUUCAAUGCAAUAGAUUUUUAAGAUUGUCGAUGAAAUAUUUUCUCGCCGUUUACCACAAAUUAAUCAACUCACCUGUAAAAUGUUUUUUCUAGGUAAAUAUAUAAAAGUGCUCGAUGAGUAUCAAACUAUUAAGGUAUGCACGUGUUUCAUACGUCGCACGAUACGAUACCUCAUCAUUCAUGCACUAUGUAUGCGCCUAUGUUAUUAUUGCACUUAAGAUAAAUGAAAUUUUCACACGAGGGAAUGAAAGCGUGGAAAGGGACGAUGCUUUCAGUUGUCACUUCUUCACAGUGUUUGCUUCUUAACAGUGUUGGUUUUCCCAAGUCUUCCAUUUUAUUCUUCGAACGAUCGUUAAAAAAAACUUAUCUUCAAUUUCCCAUAUUCGAGGAAUAUAAAAUUAUUCCAUCAAGAAGGGAAAAAUGAUUCCACCGAUAUACCUGUUAACCCUUCAACAAAUGAAUUAUCUGUACCAAUUACCGAUCAUCGAACGAUCCGUCAAACAUCUUCUCGACACGAGCCAAUUCCUGAACGUGUUGUUCGUCGUUCAAAAUUCCCUCGAUCCCUUGGGCGAUCUCGAUCACUUGAUCGACGAGAUCUACAAAACCGUGUCACGCACCAUACCGACGAAUCUCGUUUCCUUCAACGAUUCGAUCCCGAUCGAGCUGCCGGAAAUCGACGCGACCGAGUCGACCCUCAUCUUGUACUCGUACGUGGCGAAGGAUUUCCCCGAUCGCCGUCGAAGGGAGGACAUAGCUCGUUUCAUAGAGCACUGCCAGAACCGGUCCAAGGUGUUGCUGGUGACCAGGCUCGAGGAGAUGAACUGCAACUUCGAGGGAUUUUUAAAACAGAUCUGGUACGACGAGUUGAUCGACAUGACGGUGUUAGAGUUGUCCCCGAGCAAACGCUCGAUAACCAUGAACGUUCAUCGAUACAAUCCUUUCGCCAACGUGUACGAUCGGUCACCGUACACCCCAACUCUCGACUGGUUCCCCAACAAGAUGACCGAUCUUCACGGCCACCCGUUUCGCGCUACCGUUUUGGAACGCGAGGGUUACAUCAAUCUGACGGUCGACUCUCGCGACUAUCCCGUCUCCUACAAGGGACCAGACGUGAAACUCCUUCGCACCCUCGCGCGCAUCAUGAACUUCACGAUCGUGAUGCAGCCCAACAACGACGCGCUCACGAGCCUGAUGGACGGCGAUCUGGACAUCAUAAUACCGAAACUUCCCCUGUUCCCGGACCAACGUUUCGAUCUGUUGGACCACACGCUGCCGUUCGAGUACGAGAAGUGGUGCCCGGUCGUGCCGAUCACGUACCAAGUGAACGCGAUCGAGACGCGAGCCUUCGCUGCAAUAAUCGCGAAUAUAGUGAUCCUUCUCGCGUUCUGGGCUGUAUCGGCUCUGUUGAGGUUCGAGAGGAGAUUGUGGCAACCGUUGAAGAUAUUCGGCAUCUUGAUCGCUGCGAGCGUGUCGAUGAGGCCGGGCAGAACGUUGGAGAGGAUCGUGUUCUUCCUCGUCGUAUUGGCGUCCACCGUUUACUCGGCCAAUCUUUACGUCGAUUUGACGAGCGUGACCAUGGCGGACACGAUGGAGACCGAGUACAAGAGUUACGAGGAUCUGGACGAGUCCGGGUUGACACCCGUCGUCCUCCACAUGAUAUUCAACGUCACGUUCUUCACCGACGACCAGGCGUUCAACUCGUUGAAGAGGAAGGCGAUCGCCGACGAGGACAUGGACGAUUGCACCGAAGUUCUCUCCAGGUACAGGAACGUCACAUGUUUCAUGGAGUUGAGAGGGAUAAACGCGUUGAUUUACUCGCAAGCGAGGAGGAAUACGGCCACUAUGAAGGUGUGCAGAAAUUUGUGCUACGCAGAACCUCACGCGACUUACUUUCUCAGGAAGCACUCGCCGUUCAGGGGCAAAUUCGACGCGAUCAUCUCGAGAUUGGAGGCGGCAGGUAUUCGAAAGAAGUGGCAUUACGAUUUCGUGGGCAAAUUCUUCCCGAAAAAGGGGAGGCCUGUUAAACGAAAUUUGUACGAAUCGUCCCUCGUCUGGAAUCUCGUUUACAUAGGGGUGAUUGGAUUCUUGGCGUCGAUCGUCGCGUUCUUUUGCGAAAUUCUCGUAUACCGGGCGCACAAAAGAAGGAAAAAUCGAGCGUGAAACUGUAUAUAUUUAAGCGUGUAUCGAUGUGUGUCGUUUUCGAGUGUGUUUUUUUAAAAUUAAAGAGUUAAUCGAUGUAGGGUUUCUAUAGGAUCUAUCGAUUGAAAUGUUACGUAGAAAUAUAGUAUAGGAUAGGCUGUGAUUUUAUUGAAAUGAUAAAUCUACAAUUCUUCUUCUUCUUAUAUUUCCAGUUAUUUUAAUAUAUUGUUAGAAACGAGCAGGCGAAUUGUCAGUCGGAAUAAUUCGAUAUUGAAAUUGAAAUUCUGAAAAGGAAAGCGGUUCUCCAAUCGAACAAUAAAUUGGAAACCGCGAAGCGGAAACUCGUCGAUUUUCUUCCUUUUUAAUUGAUCCAUCGGCUAGAAACGUUUGUAAUAACUUGGAAAGUUACGGAGAGAUGGAAAACUUAAGAAUCGAAGGUGGGAAAUAAGAAUAUGAAAGGGUGGAUGGUUCACUCUUUAAGACUGAAAAAAAAAAAAAA